AUGGGUCUCUUAGAUAUUGUUCCUGCUGGUGUCAUUACUGGUGAUAACGUUAAGAAGCUUUUCGACUACGCUCGUGAACACAAGUUCGCCAUCCCUGCCAUUAACUGUACCUCCACCAGUACCGUCAAUGCUGCUUUGGAAGCUGCCCGCAAGAACGGUUCUCCCAUCAUCAUCCAAUUCUCCAACGGUGGUUCCGCUUUCUUCUGUGGUAAGGCCAUUGAUAACAAGAACCAAGAAGCCUCUAUCCUUGGUGCUGUUGCCGGUGCUCAAUAUGUCCGUUCCGUUGCCAAGGCCUACGGUGUCCCCGUCCUUAUCCACUCUGACCACUGUGCCAAGAAGCUCCUCCCUUGGUUCGAUGGUAUGCUCAAGGCUGAUGAAGAAUACUUCAAGGCUCACGGUGAACCUCUCUUCUCUUCUCACAUGUUGGAUCUUUCUGAAGAACCCAUGGAAGAAAACAUUGAAGUCUGUCUUAAGUACCUUAAGCGCAUGGCUCCCAUGAAGUGUCUCCUUGAAAUGGAAAUCGGUAUCACCGGUGGUGAAGAAGAUGGUGUCGAUAACACUGGUGUCGACAACUCUGCCCUCUACACUCAACCCGAAGAUAUCUGGGAAAUCUACCGUCGCUUCUCUGAAGUCUCUGACAUGUUCUCCAUUGCCGCUGCUUUCGGUAACGUUCACGGUGUCUAUGCUCCCGGUAACGUCAAGCUCCACCCCGAACUCCUCGGUAAGCACCAAGCUUACGUCAAGGAACAACUCAAGACUGACGAAGAAAAGCCCGUCUUCUUCGUUUUCCACGGUGGUUCCGGUUCUACUGAACAAGAAAUCACUCUUGCCCUUAGCCACGGUGUUGUUAAGAUGAACAUCGAUACCGAUACUCAAUGGGCUUACUGGGAAGGUCUCCGUGACUUCUAUGAAAAGAACAAGGCCUACCUCCAAACCCAAGUUGGUAACCCCGAAGGUGAAAACAAGCCCAACAAGAAGUUCUACGAUCCUCGUGUCUUCAUCCGUGCUGCUGAACAAACCAUGAUCUCUCGUAUCCAACAAGCUCUUGACCGUUUGAACAACAAGAACGUUUUGUAA